AUGGCUCUUUGUACGAAUGACCUUUUUAAUCUGUCCGUGGAGCAGCUCAGUGACAGCAGUCUGUCACUAAACAUACUCCUCUGUUUUACAACAACACUGAGGAGGGUCAUUGGAGAUUUUGGAGUUCCUAUAGCGAUCUUCAUUAUGGUGCUGGUGGACUACAGUGUACAGGAUACAUACACACAGAAGCUGAGUGUUCCUCAUGGAUUCUUUGUAACGAGUCCUGAUAAACGAGGUUGGAUCAUUAAUCCUCUCGGCUCUGAUGACAAGUUUCCUGUGUGGAUGAUGGUGGCCAGCGCACUUCUUGCUCUAGGGUUGCUAACCCUAACCCUGGAAACUCAGAUCACCACGUUAAUAGUAAGUAAAAAGGAGAGGAUGUUAGUUAAAGGAUCAGGGUUCCACUUGGAUCUGUUACUGAUUGUUUGUACCGGGGGAACCUGUGCCAUUUUUGGGUUGCCAUGGAUGGCGGCGGCAACCGUGAGAUCGGUAACCCAUGUAAACGCUCUGACGGUGAUGAGUAGCGCUGUGGCCCCUGGAGACAAACCAAGAAUUCAAGAGGUGAAAGAGCAGAGAGUGACAGGACUGCUGGUGGCGCUGUUGGUGGGACUCUCCAUUGUGAUCGGGGAGGUGUUGAGUUUGAUUCCCCUGGCUGUAUUAUUUGGAAUUUUUCUCUACAUGGGUGUGAUGUCACUAAGUGGCAUUCAGCUUAGUGAGAGAAUCAAACUGCUGCUGAUGCCCACAAAGUACCACCCUGAUCACGUCUAUGUACGCAAGGUGAGGACUCUGCGUAUGCAUUUGUUUACAGUGGUACAGUUGGUGUGUUUGGCAGGGUUGUGGGCAGUCAUGUCAACAUCGGUAUCACUGGCGUUUCCCUUCGUCCUAAUCCUGACUAUACCACUUAAAAUGUUCCUUUUGUCCAGAAUAUUUACCUCCAGAGAGAUGCAGUGUCUGGAUGCUGAUGAUGGAGAGCCCACGUUUGAUGAGAAGGAGGGCGAGUACGAGUACACAGAGCUGCACAUGCCAGUCUGA